AUGAAGUCCCUGCUCUUCGGCCGCUUCCUCCUGCUGCUGCCCUGGGUGCUCGUGGUCAUCAUCGUGCUGGACAUCGACAGCAGCCGCCCGCCGCUGCCCCCCCGGGCCGGAGCCGGGGGUGAUGGCGGGGGGGGGUCCCGCGUGCGCGGCCCCGAGGCGGCGCUGCCCACCAUCUACGCCAUCACGCCCACCUACAGCCGCCCGGUGCAGAAAGCCGAGCUGACCCGGCUGGCCAACACCCUCCGGCAGGUGUCGCGGCUCCACUGGAUCCUGGUGGAGGACGCGGCGGCCCGCAGCGAGCUGGUGAGCCGCUUCGUGGCGGCGGCCGGGCUGCCCUGCACCCACCUGCACGUCCCCACGCCCCGGCGCUACAAGAGGCCGGGGCUGCCCCGGGCCACCGAGCAGCGCAACGCCGGCCUGGCCUGGCUGCGGCAGCGGCACCAGCACCUGCCCCCCCCGCAGCCCGGAGUGCUCUUCUUCGCCGACGACGACAACACCUACAGCCUGGAGCUCUUCCACGAGAUGCGUACGACCCGCAAAGUGUCGGUGUGGCCCGUGGGACUUGUGGGAGGACGGCGGUAUGAGCGCCCCGUCGUGGAAAACGGCAAAGUCGUCGGCUGGUAUACUGGCUGGAGAGCUGACAGGCCGUUUGCUAUUGACAUGGCAGGGUUUGCUGUGAGUCUUCAAGUGAUUCUGUCACAUCCAAAAGCUGUAUUCAAGCGUCGUGGUUCUCAGCCGGGAAUGCAAGAAUCGGAUUUUCUGAAACAGAUAACUACAGUGGAGGAACUGGAACCAAAAGCAAACAACUGCACAAAGGUCCUUGUAUGGCACACACGAACAGAAAAAGUCAAUCUAGCUAAUGAGCCAAAAUACCAUCUGGACACAGUCAAUAUCGAGGUAUGAACUGGAGACAGUUAUAGAGGAGGUACAGUACAACGGAUGUGUCAGAAGGUGUUCGCAAUCAGCCAGUUACAACAGUCUACGUGUGUGAGAUCUCUUAACAGUCACCUGAUGGACUUCUGUGGAAACAAAACGAAAGUUGUCAGAUACUCUAAUAAGCAAAUCAAAUGGGUGUGCUUUGUUCUAACUUGUUUGCAUGCAUUUCUGAACUCGUCUUAAUAAACUGACACUUACCUUUAUUUUAAGGCUGUUUCCACAUAGUAAAAACAAGCAAGAGAAACAUGACUGCAAUGGAAUAUUUUCAAAAUCAUCAUGUAUGUACAUAGUUUUUGUAUUUAUCCAGCUUAAUGGUGUAAUUAUAAACU